AUGUAUUUUCUUCCCUCACCACCCGCAUCACCAGUUGAGCAAUAUGAAGACUUCGAUGAUUUUAUGAUGGACGACGACAACAACGAAGCCAACAUCGUUUGUGGUUCUUGCAACAAGGCUCUUGGAUCAGACUGGUUCUGCUCAAAUUGUCACAAGAAGUGUUCCACCUGUAGCAGGCUACUGACACAAAGCUCGGACGACUAUUGCACUCGUUGUUGGGUAUACAUUCCUUCUCGAAAUAUCUAUGUACCCAGCCAACGUCAACUUGCUGCAAUGAUGAAAUCGAUGCCUUCGCCCACCAAUAGCUUCACAUCAUCCAACAAGCGCCACCACCAUCAUCAUCAUCAAUAA